AUGACCAACUCGUUGUUCAACAGUGGAGAAACAGUCGCCAAGACACAGAAUCGACCGCGCGCAGUGGCUACGGAAGUGGAACACUGGUGGCAAGAGAUGGUGUCGUCGACAGGUAGCAGCAACAGUGGCAGCAGCAAUCAGGGAUCCGUGUCAUCGGAACCCAGACGGCGCCAGGGACAGGGUCGUCGCGGUGGAUCUGGUAAGCAGCAACAGCAACAGCAACAACCACAACUGACAGACGAUCAACAGCCAUUGCCGCCGCAGGCACCGAUGGGCUCGCGGUACAAGACGGAAAUGUGCCGUCAGUACAUCGAGAAAAUCAAGUGCGCGUACGGCGACAAGUGUCAGUUCGCUCAUGGCGAACAAGAUCUGCGCCCUGUGUUCCGUCACCCCAAGUACAAGACGGAACCGUGCCGCUCGUUCAACUCGGCCGGUUACUGCCCUUACGGUCAACGAUGCCAUUUCGUGCACAAGGGCGAUGGUUACAUUCAACCAGCGUCGCCUGCUUCGCCGCCGCUGUCCACCUCAUCGUCGUCCGGCAUCGGCAGCGAUGGUUCGCUGGCCGACCUCGGGCUGGGCAUGCUUGACAGCAUGUUCACGCCGCCGCAGUCGCCCGAGGGCCGAUUACCAGUGUUCAACAGGCUGUCCGGCUCUCCACCGGCCACCGGUGACGUGUUCUCGUUCCACGUGCCGACCACAGUCGUACCGCGUCGCCUCAGCGAACCAGAUUUUGGUUUCUACGGGUUCUGA